AUGGGCCAACAAAAUCUAUCAUCACUGACUAAAUUCAUUCUGAUGGGAGUCACAAGGCGUCCUGAGCUGCAGGCCCCACUUUUCGGGGUCUUCCUCAUUAGCUACACAAUCACAGUGGUGGGAAGUCUGGGAAUGAUCAUCUUGAUCCAAGUGGAUUCCCACCUACACACACCUAUGUACUUUUUUAUCAAACACCUGGCUUUCAUUGAUCUUGGUAAUUCUACUGUCAUUUGUCCUGAGAUGCUGGUAUAUUUUGUUGUGGAUCAAAAUACCAUUUCCUAUUAUGCAUGCACCACACAGCUGGCUUUCUUCCUUAUGUUCAUUGUCUUGCACCAUGUCUUGUCAGCCUAUGACUGCUAUUUGGCCAUCUGUAGUAACCCUCUGCUCUACAAUGUUAUCAUGUCCCAGAGACUUUGUCAUGUGCUGGUAGGCAUUCCAUACCUCUGCAGUACCUUUCAAGCACUAAUGUUCACUAUCAAGAUUUUUACAUUGACUUUUUACAGCUCUAAUGUCAUCAGUCAUUUCUACUGUGAUGAUGUUCCCUUGUUACUUAUGCUGUGCUCAAAUGCACAAGAAAUAGAAUUGUUGGUCAUACUAUACAGUUUUAUAAUCAAAGGAAAAGUGAGGAGGGGGAAAGACCACCUUCCUCAUUUUUGA